GAGCCUCGUGGACAAACUUUUUCGCGCGCAGUCUGUCAAAUUCCUUUUUGAUAAUUCAAACCACUGACUGUGUAAUCCUAAAUAAAACCAAUCACACUUUUCUCCUUCUUUAAUUUUAGCAGUGCAAUUGUUUUCCCACCAAGUGACGAAUGUGUUGUGAAAAUUGCCUCGUGUAAUUGAUUUUUGUCCAUUGGAAUUUGCUGAGGGUGAAAGUGAAAAAAGAAAACAUAGGAGAGAGAAAUUUGCCGUCAUCCUUUUGAAGGGUUUAUCAAUUUGAACUACAAUGUUCUACUGAACUACUUAAGAAAAAAAUCUUUAAAAAUAAAUCAGUAUUUCACCUUAUAAAAAAAAACAGUUUUGUGAUUUGUGUCUCUAAAGUGAAAAGUGAUAAGAGAAAAAGAAGUUUUUUAGAAAAAGAAAAUGUCUUCAAUGAUAAAAUGUUGCUUUGAACCCAUCGAGUUGCCGGAAUUUCUGGAUUCAGCCGCUCAACGAUGCACUGCGCCCGGAUGUUGCUGCGGAUGUUGUUCGGCGCUACGCCCCCGGUAUAAGCGCCUUGUAGACAAUAUUUUCCCUGUAAACCCGGAGGAUGGACUUGUGAAGUCAAACAUGGAAAAGCUCACCUUCUAUUCCUUGAGCUCUCCGGAGAAACUCGAUCGAAUUGGGGACUAUCUGUAUCAGAAGGCCACCAAAGAUAUCCACAGGAAACGAUACAAGCUUGUGGAAAUUGCUAUGGAGGCAAUGGAUCUUCUGCUGAUGGCAUGUCAUGUCCAAACGUUAAAUCUCUUUGUCGAGUCUUUCCUGAAGAUGGUGCAGAAGCUCUUGGAAGAUUCCAAUGCUAAUCUUCAAAUAAUGGCCACAAAUUCAUUUGUCCGUUUUGCGAACAUUGAAGAGGAUACUCCUUCGUACCAUCGUCGGUAUGAUUUUUUCAUCUCAAAGUUUUCCUCCAUGUGUCAUGGGAAUCAUGAUAACAUUGAGCUGCGGGAUAGCAUUAGAAUGGCCGGAAUUAAGGGAUUGCAGGGUGUCAUCCGGAAAACUGUGUCGGAUGAUUUGGUAGAGAAUAUCUGGGAGAAGCAGCAUAUGGAGAAGAUUGUCCCUUCCUUGCUGUUUAAUAUGCAAUCCGGACCUCUGAGGUCCAUUGAGGAGGCAACGCCCUCGUCUCCUCCCGAAUUGGCAGAGUCUGUACUCAGAGAAUUGGUUAGUAGGGCCUCCUUUGCGCACAUCAGGAGCGUCCUGAAGCCCCUGUUGACUCAUUUGGAUCGGCAUGAGCUCUGGGUUCCCAAUCAAUUUGCCAUUCAUACAUUCCGGAUCGUAAUGCUGUCCAUACAGCCUCAGUACUCGUACACCGUCGUCGAGAUUUUGAUGCAGCAUCUAGACACCAAUUUACUGUCCUCUCCGAAAACCAGGACAUCCCUGGCUGUUGUCCUGUCCAAGAUUAUAGCGAUAGCUGCAGGAGAAAGCGUCGGACCGUCAGCAUUGGACAUCAUUAACAAUCUCCUGACACAUUUGCGCACAAGUGUAGGAACCAGUGAAGAUCCACCACCCGAAGAGGCUCACUACCAAGAAGCCCUGAUCAAUGCUCUCGGUGAAUUUGCCAAUCACCAUCCUGAUUAUCAGAAAAUCGAGAUAAUGCUCUUCAUCAUGAAUACCGUUCCCGAUCUCUCCAAGAAGAGCCAUGCCGACCAGAUGCUCCAGAACAUUCUGCUGAAGAGUUUGCUAAAAGUGGGCAUGCAGUAUCGCACAGUGUCAUACGAGAAGGCCUUUCCGGUGUCCUUCCUGCAGCCACUUCUCCGUAUGGCACGAUCAACUCAUGCCGCCACCCGUAUCAUCGUUAUGCAGAUCCUCCAGGCCCUCCUGGACAGACAUCAGAAUCAGGCAGUGCUCCAUGUUGUCACAGCACGAACAUACACAGCCCUGUCGCUGGAGUCUCCAUCCCGGGCGGACAUUCUCUUCAUGCACAAGUACGGCGGGAAUGUGAUGAGGGCUCUUGUGGAUGCUCUGUCGCUGGAUGAACGUCUGGAUUCACUGGCUGCAGCCUACAAUGCUGCAGCUCUGCUCGUGGUGGAAACAGCAUGUGGGGACACAAUGCAGGACUUCCUCCUCUUCAUUCUGGGCAUUCAGGUCAGUGCCACAGAUACCGAUGGCUUGAGUGCAUCCCACCGGGCGAAUCUUCACUCCAUUGCCAUAGCACUGCUGGCUCUCCUGGCGAGAUGCACAGGAGUCAACACACUGAUGGAGUACUGUGAGAAGAUAAUUGAGACGCGCAAAGAGGAGGCUCGUCAUAUGCUUCCACCUCUCGAUGACCCAUCCUUCUCCCUGGAUCAAUUGACAACAUCUCCUCCGCAUUUGUUGAUGGACAAAUUGGCACUAGCUGAGUGUCUUCAAUUGGCCGGCCUUGAGUUCUCUCGCGUUCAAACUGGAGAACCUUUUGCUAUUCAUCAAGAAGAUACUUUUGCCCAUCGACCUAGCUGGGUUGAUGCUCCCAGAGCUUCCAGCAAUCCCGACCUGGGAAUAUACAAUGAUGCCGAUAGUGUCACGAGCUCUCCUGACGUUCAACGACGUGCCCUGCCGGCUGAGCUCAACUUUGAGGCGAUGAAACGUCUCCUGGCGGAAUCUUCUGAAGGGGCUAAGAAGGAGGCCAAAGAGAGAAAAGCCCAUGUGGCUAAAUAUUUCCGCGAGACGAACUUUGAUGAGCUCGUAAGGCGCUCAGAGACGCGUCAUGAUGCCAUUCAGAACAAACUCAAUGAUCUCUUUACGUCCUUGGCGAGCGAGAGGCAGAUUGCGCAGAAUGAGGGCAAGGGUACAAUGGGAAAUCAGAAGAAAAUCUACGAGCAGGCCUUUCCGGAACUUUUCUUUUUCUAAAAGUGGUUUCAUGGGAUAUGAAAAAUAGCGUUAAGAGGAAUUCUUUUGUUGAAAAAAUUUCAAAAAUUCCAUCAAUUCCAAAAAAAAGCAGCAAAAGAUAUUAGAAAUGGUAAUAAUCUCUAGUCCUAGUCAAAAGUUACAAAAUCCGCUUAAAAUGUUAAGAGAAAAAAAAAGAAAACUUCAUCUGCAAUAAAGUUAUGGGUUUAUUUGAA